AUGGCAUCUUAUCAAUAUGAGCGUCUUCCACACGACGGAUCCAGUAUCCGGCUACUGAGACUCUUGCCCAGUCGCAGUUCUGAAAGCCCGAUUGACUGUAAAAUAUUCCAUUAUGAUACCAAGAACGCGGAUCAGACUGCUUACGAGGCAUUGUCCUACACAUGGGGUGAUACUCCUGAGACAGUGGAUAUUCGAGUCAAUGGCUACGUCUUCCCUGUAACAGUGAACCUCGAAGGUGCUUUACGCGCAUUGCGAAAUGCUGAUAAGCCCAGAAUUCUAUGGGUGGAUGCGAUAUGCAUUGACCAGUCCAACACCAAGGAGCAGGGUGAGCAAGUAGGUAUGAUGUGGGAUAUCUACCAGACUGCAGAUCGUGUUGUGAUAUGGCUUGGUCCAGAAGAAGGCGACAGUACUAUAGCCAUGGAAAGUUUUGCUCGACACGAAGCCCAAACGAAGAUUGCAGCUCGUAAUGUGAGGUCGAGAAAGUGGGAAGACCGCCGAGAUAUCGGUCGGUGCGGAUGCGCUGCUGGAGAUUUCAACUCACACCCUCCAAGGAUUGGUGUCCAGAAUCUACUUGGGAGACGGUGGUUUACACGCAUAUGGGUUCUUCAAGAAGUUGCGGCUGCAAAGUCUGUGUUGGUAGUCUGUGGUGACAAGACCGUUAGCGGCAAUGACUUCUAUCAUGAAGUCAUGGCGGUAGCCUCUUUCUACGGGAGUUUCCAGAAGCUCGUGCAAAAGAUACGUCCAGCACUGGAGCUGAUGAAUCAGUCCACCCAGAACUUAGAGACUCGCUCAUCGUCAUUGAUAGAGCUCAUUGAGAGCUUUCGCACUUGGAAUGCUAGCAAGACACUUGACAAGGUGUACGCGUUGCUAGGUAUUUCUUCCGAUGCCCGCAGCGUUCCAGAGCUACAACCGGACUACACGAUAUCACAAGACGUCCUAGCCCAGAAACUUGUGCGGUUCGCCUUUCCGAAUUCCGUGAUCAACCCGCAGUCGACAUCUCAAGACGAAGUUGUUUUUGAAAUUGAGGGUCUCUUUCUUGGCACAAUCGCCGGUGAAAACGGUUGCCUGAGCUUCAGAGAUGACAUCGAGAGCGGCAGAUGGUGGGCGCUUGACACAGACAAGUCACAUCUUCCGGAUGAAGUACUAGACUCGGUUGCUUCGGAUUUGCUUCAAGAUUCAUGGAGCAUUCCGGCAGUGAAUGAGAGGCUACUCCAAAAGGGCAGUCCUGUUGUUCUAUUACGGGGUGCAUCCCGGCCGACAGUUUUGCGCCUCCACGGAGGUCAUUAUGCUGUGGAUAUGCUGGCUACACCGGAGCCGGUAUAUGAGGUUUUUUAUCAUCGAAAAGACGAGCAGAUGACGUGGCCUGUAGCACUUAAAGCUCUCGCCGCUGCAUCGGACAGACUUAUUAAACUCAAGCUUUCAUGGGACCCCUUUCGACAAUUGUCCCCGUCGGAAGUCAGCAGAUAUACCCCGACAAUACACAACGUGCUAACACAAUGGGAGGCCCGGAUGGAGUCACUUAGGGAUGCCGCCGAGAUCGAAGGUGGACACAGCCAUGAUUGUAGAACUACAAUGAUGUUCUGGACCCAGUGUGAACUCCAUAGAGAGGAGAUCGAAGCGGGCACCUGGGAAGGUAUGAUGACCCUUCAUGAAGCAGCCUACCGUGGAUAUUAUGGUACGGUCAAGCUCCUUCUUGAUUCGAACGCGCAAGUAGACGGUCAACCCAACGGGCUCAACGUCACGGCGCUGCAUCUGGCAGUUGCGCAGGGUCACGCGAAGGUAGUAAGGGCGCUGCUAGAGGCAAAAGCUACAGUUGAUGUUGUGGACCAGGACAAUUCGACUCCAUUAUCUACUGCAGUUGAUAACAAUAACUACGAAAUAUGCCAGAUGCUCUUGGAUGCAGGCGCGGAUCCAGACUCACGUAUAGUUGACAAAUAUUACCCUCUCUUCACCUGCGCCAUCAAAGGGUACGCCAACAUCGCCCGCGCUCUGUUAAAGGCAGGAGCAAAUGCGACUGCCGUUAUCGAAGACCUUGGCUCUAUGUCAGGCGCCACACCACUUCAUUGCGCCGCCGAGAUGGGGCAUAACGACGUUAUCGAGGCUUUACUUGCCGCGGGUGCUCACGUCGAUGCUCGCACGACGAUUGAUAUCACCCCCCUCCACCUGGCCGCAAGCAACGGCCAUCCCGACUCGGUCAAGCUACUCCUUGAUGCUGGUGCCGACAUUAAUUCCAAAAACCGCAUUGGCAUGACACCACUGGAUUUUGCGGCCUAUCAUGGUCAUGACGAGACAGCUGAGAUGAUAUGGAACGCAGGAGGAGAAAUAUAUGAACUACCAUCAGCUGAAUACAAGGAGUAUAUUGCAUCAGGCGAAGAUCAGCAUCAUGUCACAGUAUCAGGCGAAGAUCAGAAUCAUGGCAUAGUAUUAGACGAAGAUGAGUGGGAGGACAUUGACGAGGAAUCAUUUGUUUAA